AUGUUCCGAGAGUUCGGCGUGUUGUGGCACCGCGCGGUCUGGAACGUGCAAGCUCUCGUGUCGUCAUGUGUCCCCGGGAAGUUGUGCCGUAUUGCAUUGCGGGCGGUGCUGCGGCGCGGCGUGACGUCACGUCUCCGCUCCGGGGUACAAGCGAGGGGAAGGGAGCGUGGCCUAUUUAUCCCGGGGAAGCGUAAAAACUGGGACCCGAGCGGAUUUUCGGACGUGUCCAUAAUUAUGGGUGAAGCGUCACUUGAAACCUUCUGCUGGUACACCAAUCGCCGGUGGGUGGAAGAAUUAUUAACAGCUCACGGACACGAAGUAUUAAGGUUGCCGCCUUACCAUUGCGACCUAAACCCGGUGGAGAAAAUCUGGAGCCUUGUAAAAAGAAAGGUGGCGGAUAAGAAUGUGGAACAAGAUCCAAAAGAAAUUGUAAAAUCAACUGUAGAGGCAUUUGAGUCUAUUACGGCGGAAGAUUGGACAGCUCAGUGCACGCAUGUCGAACAUUUAGAGGAGGAGUAUUUAAAAAUGACGGCCUUAUGGAUGAAGAGAUGGACCGAA